AAUGCGCGAAAAUGGCGGAAUCUCAAUUUGAUGCAAACAAAUCUAAUGCAAAUUUGCCUCAAAAUUGGGCAGAAUCCGAAAUAAUUGAAGCGGAUCUCGUUGAAAGUGAAAAUAUCAACGACCAUGAACAUGCAAAAUUUGCUGCUCGACGCCCAAUAUGGACAAGAGAAAGCACUCACUGGCUCAUGGAGGAAAUGCUGCAGUUUGAGACCCGAGAAGACAAGCACCAGAUUAAGAAGAGGGCUGUGUAUGAAGAACUGGCCUGCAAGUUCUCUGAAGCCAAUUUCCACAUCUCGUGGGAAGCAGUGCAGAAAAAAUGGCAAAACCUUAUGUCAACUUACUGGCGAAACCUCAAGAAACCCAAGAAGGAUCCCCAGUGGGAAUAUUUCAAGGAAAUGGAUGUAAUUCUACGCAACACAUCUGUGUGGGUUGGACUCAAUGGCUGCAAGGAUCCUAAACAAAGGAAUUCUCUGCACUACAACGACCAGACUGAGGAUCGCUUAUGGAACAAUGAGAGAAUCAUUUUCUUGCUGGACGAGAUGAGGCAGCUGUGCAAAGAUGGUGACGCUAGGGGCCGCCGUAGUGUCUUCCAUAGAAUAUCUACGAACUUUCAGAGAAUUGGCGUGGACUUUAACUGGAAAGUUAUUCAGAAGAAAUGGCACAACCUCAUGACGACCUACAAGAGGAAUCUCUCCAAACCAAGGAACGAAGUAGCGUGGGAGCUUUUUGAUAUGAUUGACAACAUCCUGAACAAAACAAGCUCACAGCAACCAGUGAACUGUGAUGAGACGAGCCAUCUCUCUAUGUCACCUCCUCAUCAGACCACAGAAGACAAGGCUACUGAGGACGACGACCUCUGGACUCACGACAACACCUUGUGGCUCCUGGAGGAAAUGAUGGCUGUCAAGGAGCGUCGAGAUAAGCAUCUGCUGAAGAACCGCGUCGUAUUCAGGGAAAUUGCGGAUACUUUUAAUGAGGAAAACUUUAUGGUGGACUGGAAGAAAGUGCUGAGGAAAUGGCAGACCAUGUAUGUUGUCUACUCGAAGAUCUAUCGCGGCAUCAUGCAACCCACGCAGUGGCAGUAUUUCGAGAGGAUGCAUGAUAUCGUAGGCGAUACAGACAUGUACGUAGGCAUCGGCAACGUCACGAGCAGCGAUAAUAAUUCCAUGAACUCGAAGAACGAGCGCGAGGAUCCCUUACUUCCCACCGAGACUGUGUAUCACUACAUCAAUCCUGAUGACAACUCCCAAUUCAUCAUGACUUGCAGUGAAGCUCUUAACAGCAGUGACAACAACGUUCAGUUUACCUGUAAACCUCUCGUAGACUCACGACUCGCCUUCGACGAACGUGAACAAUUCGUAGAACUUAGUCCUGAAUUCGUGACUACGGAUUAUGUUGCAGUUCCUCAGGGAACGGUGUCUCCUGUGAGUGCUGUUGAUCACAAGCCAGAGUUGACGGUCGAGUUCACUGCUGUUGAAGACGAUGGCGAACUUUGUUCAAUCGGUCUUGUGGGAUCAAAACCUAUUAUAAAUAAUUCUCUUGUUAAAGGUAGAUCAAUAAAAAGACCAAGAUACCAGUUGAAGAACGGUGACAAUAGCUCCAAUAAUUUGUCUGUUAACAGACGAGAUAUACUGACACCUGCUCUGAAUGGUACGAACAAUAAAGAGGAUAGUCCUCGUCAGAAACGGAAAAGUAUUGACUCUGAAAUUAAUAACGAAACGCAUUUGAUCGGCUCAGAUGAUGAUAUAGUGCAGCAAACAGUGGUUUUAGAGGACGGAGUGGUGUUUGAAGAACACCUCGAUCUUGAAAACGGAGAAUGCGUCCCUAAAGAAGAGCAAAUCGAAGUGAACGAGAUGGAAUUCAUUGAAGUGGAGUGCGACGGUGCCGUGAGCAACAGCGUUGACGAGGAAGGAGAGGAUCCUGACAAUUUGGUCGUGGAAAUUGAAACUGCUUUUGAAAUUUCGGAAAUGCCUGAAGGUGAAGACUCGGCCAAUAGUUUUGGUGGGGAUGGCGAAGUCCACUUUUCACAAGUAUGGGAAGAAAGCUAACAAUUAUUUUUCGCCUUAUAGUGCUCUCUUUUGGUUAUAUACCGGUAUGUUUAAAAGUUAAAUAUAUUUGCACUUCAAAUUUGUUGUUCUGAAAUGAAUAUACAUUUCUGUUUAUUGAAGGUUGUUUCUCUGGAUUUUUCUUCGAUUGUGCGUUAAUUUUUUCUGGCCAACAGCCGAUUAUUUGUCGUAUAUAUCUGUUCUGUGAGCAUACAAAUGAAAUGACAACUGUGCCUGUCAAAUUUGGUCAGAAGACUUCAUAAUUGUUGAAUGGAGACUAUGAUAGUACAAUAGGUUGGUGUUAUUUAUGUUGCACCCGUGUUAAUUAAGAGCUUAUAUUGUAUCAAAAUGUAUUUAAUUUAUUUUUUUAUGGAUCUAAUUCCGUAUAUACAUAUAAUUACUGUUGUUAUUGUACUGAAUUUAGGA